AUGCCCGUGAUAUCGCACCGUGGCGAAGAGUUCCAUCUCGCGCACGACGAGGAGGACAAGCUCAACCAAUUCCAGUCGAUCACAAGCUUCACAGAGGACGAUUUGCCACUGAUCGUGAAGUUGCUGAGAAACCACGGCUGGCAGCUCGAGCCGGCAUUGUCCCGGUACUUUGACGGGGACUGGCGGGAGAACCUGUCCCUCACAGAGACGCCCGCGGCGCCACCGAUGCGGUCACCGUCGCCGUCGCCACCGACGCAGCCACAGCAACGGCGCGGGUCCAUCGAGAGCGGCUCACCGACUCCGAGGAUAUCUAGGUCUGUUAGUGCCACAGAUAACCUGGCUGGGUUCGACACGAGUAUGUUGGUGCCCACAUUGCCCGUUGUCCACAGUCUUCCGGCGAACUACAAGGAUAGAUUCCAGCUGGUCGGACUCAACAGGGCACGAGAGCUCACGCAGCAGCCAAACCCGCUGAUGAUCAUUCUGCUGUUUAUUCCGAACACGUUGUUGAAAUUGGUCUCGCUACUGUGGUCUCUGCUGAGCAAGUUGCACAUUGGCUCGACCAACGUCCAAAAACCCAAGAUAUUUAGGGUGCCGAAGCAGGCAACCACGGAGUCCAAUGAGGUCCGUGUCGGUGAGUUGAUCGAGGAUGAAGACCUUGCGCAUCGACUUGAAGGGGUGCUGGGUGAGAGACCCGCUUUCAACGACGCUUUGCAAUCCUGCAAGGAGGAGUUUAAGUACAUGCUUGUGCUUCUCGUAGGGAAUGUGCGGCAACCUCCACCAACCGAAGAUGCAGAGGUUGUUGACGAGAAGGCGGAGACGGUGGCUGCUGUAGAGGAAGUGGAUUCGAACUCGAUGAAGUUUUUGAGGAACGUGGUAUGCGACAACGGGACUUUGAAGCUGUUGGAGGACUACAAGGACGAGAUGAUUGUAUACCUCGGGUCCGUCAUCGAGUUAGAGCCCUGGCUGAUCACGCGGGACUUGAAAAUCAAGUACACCCCUGAAGCUUUCCUCAUCGGCAACGUGUUGAACUCGAACGGGUCCGUCAACGGUGCUACGAAGUUAAGCGUCCUUUCAAAGCUAAGGGUUACUUCCGCUAGGAGGUUCCAGAAUUCGCUGAAGCUGACGCUCGAUAAGUUCAACCCGGAGAUGACGGUCAACAGGACGGAGCACCACGAGUUGCGCACGGCGAGAAAGAUCAGACAGAUGCAAGAGGAGGCGUACCAGAACUCGCUUAUGGAGGACAAGAUGAAGGCCGAGAGGAGAAAGAUUAAAGAACAGGAGGAGGCUCUAGAGCAGCAACUGCUCGCCAAACGUGAGAGCGAGGCGAAAAUGGCCGAGACGCUCCGCCAGUUACAAUGGCUCGAGAAAUGCAUUGACGUGAUGGAGACGCACGGCGAGGGGCAACAGAAGGCGGAUACGGGCAAAUACGCCACGUUGCAGAUCAGGACCUCUGAGGGGACCCGGUUUGUGUGCAAGUUUGUCGGAGACACGACGCUGCACUCUGUUUACAUCAACGUCGGGUGCCACCUGUACUUGAACAACAACUCCCCAGACCAAGAAGCAUGGGCGAAGAGUGUCAUCGCGAAGAUUAAAGAGUUGAUGCGGAGCGACUCCGUGCUCUGCUUCAAGGACAUUGAGUCCGCGGAGGACGAUUUGGACGAUCUGGACAUUGCAAAACUGAUCAGAGAGGAAUUGGCAAAGCACACAGACGGUGCGCAGACUCCAGCAGAGAUUUCAUUCGAUUUCGAGCUAGUCUCGCCGUUCCCCAGGUACAAAGUGCCCACGAACGAGAAGCUGAAGCUGAGAGAAGUCUCGCAACUGUGGCCCAACGGCAGUCUGCUCGUGGAGAAUAUUAUAGAAGAGGACGACGAGGGCGAAGAGGGCACUACAGAUGACUCCGAGUGA